AUGUACUUCCAGUGGGAUGGUGGCAGUCACGGCAAGAAGAAGUGGCACUACUACAGCGAUGAGGUGAACAACUUGCUGGUGCAGUCCUAUGCGGCGUACUUGUCCUCAGCAGGCUGCCCGCUUCAAGCCAUCGCAGUGGAUGGCCGAACCUACUGGGUGGACUUUGCCCAUAUGGAGCAAAUCUCCGUGUGCAACGA